AUGUGGCUCGCCAGGUCGGCGCGCGCGCUGCUGCUUCCCGCGCUGCUGCUGGCCCUCGGGCCCGCGGAGGCGUGCACGAACGUGACGUCACUCUCGCAGCAGCUGGACGCGCUGCUGGCGGAGUACGACCGCGAGGCGGCGCCGGCGCUGCCCGUGCGCGUGCGGCUCAGCUUCGAGCCGCGCCACGCCGCGCUCACCGCCGACGCCAGCGUGCACAUGCUCGCCGACUUAGUCAUGACGUGGUCAGACCCGCGGAUAGAGUGGAACGCGAGCGACUGGGGCUGCGACUCACUGGUGGCGGCCACGGACCGGCUGUGGGUGCCGGACCUGGAGCUGCUGAACGGCGCCAGCGGCGCGCAGACGGCGCAGGGCGCGCGCAUUAGCAGCGACGGCCUGCUGGCGCUCGUGCUGCGCCUCGACGCCGUCGUGCCCGUGCGCGUGCGGCUGGCCGGCUGGCCCGCCGACCGCCAGCGAGCACUCUUCAAGUUUGGCUCCCGCACGCUCAACACCGACGAACUAAUUUUAGAAAUCGACGAAUUUACGACUGCGGUGGUGUUCGAGACCGGGUCCUGGGAGCUGAUGAGCGUGACCGGGCAGCUGGCGCCGGAGGCGGAGCGGAGCGUGGCGGCGUGGUCGGUGACGCUGCGGCGGCGCGCGGCGGCGCACGAGGCCGCGUCGGGCGCCGUGCUGGCGGCCGCGGCGCUGAUGCUGCUGAGCGCCGCGCUGCUGCCGCCGCUGGCGCGCGCUCCGCUUUGCGCGUGUGCGUCCUUCACUGCAGCGGUGUGGCUGGUGUCGGCGCUGCUGCGGCUGCCGGCGUCGUCGUCGACGCCGACGGCGGUGGUGGUGUUCUGCGUGGUGUGCGUGGCGGGCGGCGCGGGCGGCGCGUGCGCGGCGCUGGUGGCGCGCGUGGCGCGGGCGUCGUCGGCGCCGCCGCGCUCGCUGCGCACGCUGGCCUCCGCCUUCUCCGUGCUGUGCAGGCUGUCGCCGGGAGAGGACACGUGCCUUGCGGCGGAGGUGGGCGCGUGGGCGGCGCUGGCGCUGCUGCUGGACCGCGCGCUGCUGGCCGCGCUGCUCCUGGCCGUGUUCGUGGCCGUCUGCGUCUACCUCUGAAGCCCAGCCGCCUCAACUCGCGGCUGAUCCGGUGUGCACUAACGGAACCGAUUGCCUUCUUUAGAUAACCAAAGACUUCUAUAGC